GGUGAAAGCUUACAGCAGCACGGAUACAACAAACAUAGCAAAAUUAACAAUGAAGCGGCUUCUUUCACAUAUGAAAACGAAGAUGGAACGAACACAUUACUUGUCAAAUAAGAUACUUGAAAAAGCACGUAGAAAUGGUUAAAAUGUGGUAGUGACAUGGGGAUGUGAAUGCAGAGCUACACACAGUGAUAUUACAUCUUCAAAAUAAUCAGGAAGAAGUGGAUACAAAGCUUUUGCUUCAUGCUGCUGAUGCAACAAACAAGGGGGCUUCCAGAAUCAACAGGUUCAUAUUCACUAGUUCAAAUUAGUUACUGCAGAAGUAGGAUCAUCUCAAGUAGUUACUGGUGUUGAGGGUGGAAGAAGUACCUAAUUAUCUGGUUAGACAGCAUUGAGGUAGAUAGACCAAUGGUCUGAAUCAGUCGGAGGCAGGUUCAUAUAUACCAACACUUGAAAUAUUUCAUGCCAAUAUGUUAAUUAGUUCAUCUUUUCUUCUUCUUUGGGAUGCCGGGGGAAGCUCAGGUAUUCAAUUGAUAAUUUGGGCUGAGUGCCAUUUUUUUUUCAUGCUUUCCAUCCAGAACUGAACUUGCAUUCUAGAACUCAUGUGAACAAAAAAGAAAACAAUUCUAGAGUCUUUGCUUCUUACAAAAGGAAUAGAAUACACACAGACUGCUUAAUAUGGUCACAAUCUGAAAGAAAUGGGCCAAGACUAGGAUAAAGAUGUCUCCCUAGCAGGCCUAGAGUGAAGAGUCUCCUAAUAGGUUUGACUGAUUAAAACAUUCUUCAAUAGUGAGACAUCAGAGUUGAACUUCAAAAUUUAGGCCUCUGUUAUAGACCCUGGAAGCUCUUGGGCAAACUAAAUGGCUGUAUCUACCACAGCACUGGCUAGAAUUGCAAUUGUCCUUGGCACCGCUGAUGUUCUCCAUGCUUUUGCCAUAAUGGAAAACGAAGAUAUAUUCAAGAAGACUGCUUGCCCAGCCUUCCUGAUGUUUGAGAAUGCUGCUUACCUGGCUGAUAUGAGCUUUGAGUUGCCUUGCAACUGCAAACCAGAGGAGGUAACCUCUGUGGUAUGGUACUUUCAGAAGAACAUGGGGAGUCAACAGACUAAAGUCUUGACAGACUUUGAUGGCACUUUGAUGAUAGACUCCAGCCAUAUCAAGGUGGGCAGUGAUAUGCUCCGGCGUUUCAGCAUUAGGAUGUUCAGUCUCAUUGUCUUUCGGGUUCAGGUGGAAGAUUCGGGGCACUAUAUUUGUGGUACAAAGAAAGGUGAUUUCUUCUAUGGCUAUGAUGUAGAUGUUCAGGCUUCAAGGGGCAUAGUUGUUGCCUUUGUAGACAAGGAUCAGCACCCACGAAAGGACCAUGAUGAAUCACACUUCAUGGUUUUCACCAUCUUCUGGGAUUGGACCAGGUGCAACCGCUGCGGUGUCAGAGGUGAGCAACGGAGAAUUGGUCUUUGCUACAUAAAUAGCACCAAUUUGCUCAAGCGGUACCAUACCACCGUAGUAGAUGUGGCCUCCUGCGGCUCAAGUUCAGUUCCAAAGCCGUUUCGGCGUGUUGCCCAGAAAAGAAAGGCUGAAGUUGUUAUCCGAAGUUGUAUGACGCCUUGUGGGCAGAAGUCCUCAGAAGAAGGGGAAGCAUCCAUCUCUGAUGUCAUCUCAAAGCUUGGAGAAAAACCCUGGAUUUCCAGCAUCCCAAUUCAAUUUCACAAGCAGCACCUUGGCCGUGGGUUGAUCAUCGCCUGUCCUGGUGCCAGGCCAGAACAUGCUGUGGCGUGGGACAAAGAGUCAACUCGGAUGUAUCUCACCAGGUUUCUCAUUGGGGUCAACAAGACCAUGAGGGUCUUCAUUGACCACGGAAACCAACUGCACAUACGCUUUGCCCAGUUGAAUGACAAAGGCACCUACUUCUGCUGGCGACAGGGGCAACUGGUUGCUGGUUUCCGGCUCUCUGUAGUGUAUGAGAGCCGCCACAAACGAAGCCUGGAUGAUCCUGAGACACAGUAUGCCAUCAAGACCAUCCUCACAAGUUAUGUCCUCAUCACCAUCCUCUUUGUCAGCAUCCACAUUGUCCGCUGCUGCCUUUAUUCCUUCAAAUGCACAGCUGUGAAAUAGCAUGUCCCAGGAAACCAGCCAUGGACUCUUUAAUGAAUAUAAUAAUAAUAAGCUUGUCCUGAUAAAAGAAUUAAUUGAUCAAUUGUCUGGCUCUCUUGUCAAUUAAGCAGCUGAGCUUACAUACAUUUGCAUUUCACAGAAACUUCAGUGAAGGUGCCUUUUUGUGGACUGAGUCUUUUAAAUGUGAGAUAGUGUAGAGUUUAAGAAGCAAAAUUUAACUACUCAUUCCUAGAAGGAAAGACCUUCUUUUAAUAUUUUAAUCAAAUGUGGGAAUAUAGAAUAUUCUUUGCUGCAAUAAUACAUUACAAAAAGACUCUGCAAACAAGGUUGGGUGUUUUUCUUUUCUUUUCCCCACUUUAAGAAUAGAGCAAUACAUUAUAAAGAAAUUAAGAAAUGGUUACAAAAGAAAAAAGGCAGGUACCAUCUCAAGCUUAUGUUCAAAUGAGGACCACCAGACCCUCAGCCUAUGGUACUGGAGCACUGGGAGGAGUAAGGGGUGAAUUACAUUUUUGUGAGUCAAUGGGCUAAUUUACAACACAAAGUGGAUGUAGUAUUGUCACUUGUAUAAAAUAAAAAUAGAUUUUGUCUUUCA